AUGAAGGUCACUCACCAGCCAGUGAUGCGGGUGAACGCAGUGCCAAGUGCUUUGCUGCUGUUGCUGUUGCUGCUGCUGCUGCUGCUGCUGCUGCUGCUGUUGCUGCUGUUGCUGCUGCUGCUGCUGCUGCUGCUGCUGGGCACUUGCCGGGGCAAGUGCGGUUGGACCCACUGCAAGUUGCCCAAGCGCACCGCUGCACUGGCGCCGCGGCGGGUGCUGCUGCUGCGGGUGCUGCUGCGGGUGCUGCUGCGGGUGCUGCUGCGGGUGCUGCUGCUGCUGCUGCUGCUGCUGCUGCUGCUGCUGCUGCUGCUGCUGCUGCUGCUGCUGCUGCUGUGCCGGCAGCGGGGAUGGCAGAAGCAUCGGUGA